GUGGUUCUCCUGACAGUUGUGCUAUAUAAAAAAACGCGACUCAAGCACAUGGUUUCUAUCUAUUGCCAUCGUCGUAUGCCCGGUGUGUGUGGUGUCGUACUCGCUAAAAUAUUGUGUAAUUAUUCGUUUGCCAUCGUUUGUGCACGUUGUUUAGUUUGUUAGUUCGCUGCAGGAUCGUUCCGUUGCAGAAGUGUGCUAAUAAUCUCGAUCGUGUUGCUGGUGCAUCCCGCAAGGUGCCACGAUGAAGGAGCAAUCCGGCCGCAAGGCUGGCAUGCUGAUGGACAAAACGGUAUUCGGCUACUUUAAGCAUUUCGUCAGUGACGACGAUGAGGCGCGGGUGAAAGGCGCCUGCGGGUUGAUCGAGUUUCUGUGCAACGGCCAGAAAAACAAGCCUCACAACGGUACCGACGAUGCCGAGGAAGAAUCCGUUGUUCCUAAAACGGCCGAAACUGCAUACGCACUGAAGCGCUUGGUCCGCGGCGUAGGUUCGAUGCAAAACGACUCGCGCAUCGGUUUCUUCACCGCGCUCGUAGGGCUGCUGGAACGAUUGCGCGGCAGGGAGGAUGAAUGCCCGUCGGUGACGGAACUGUUUACGUUGGUUAAAUCGGAACUCACCGAGUCCGAGCUUGGGGAAGGGGAGGAAGAAAAGCAUAAAACUCCACUCGAGCUGCGCAUCGGAAAGAUUCUCGUUUGCGGUGCCAUUAUAAAGUCGGGCCUGAUCGACGAUGCGUCCGAGCUGGAGCUGCAAACGGUGCUGAAAACGCUGAAGAAGGACAUGUACAAAAUGCUCGUACCGCUGGUGUACACGUUUCUGAACGAGCUGGCCAACCGGCUCGAGGCGUCCAAGUUUUCCAAAGUGUUCUGGCCCGUGUUCGAGCCGGUGCUGAACGUGCCGAAGGAAAAGCACACCAUCGAUUCGGCGUUCUUUCUGCUGCAGCUGUCCACCGGGCCGCACAAGAAGCUGAUCAAUCAAAAGUACUUCGAGCGCAACUUCAGUGCCCCGAAGCUGCUGCACGAGCAUAACUUUCCCUUCCUGGCGCAGCUGCUGUUCGGCAUUGGCAGCACGAUGGGGAUCAAUCACCCGUUCUACGAGUGUCUGCUGCGGGAGCUGAACAAGCAAAAUACGCUGGUGCCGUUCUGGCGUGACGCUAUCGUGCCCGUGUUGGAGCAGGAGAACCGAAGCUCCAAGCCGAAGCACCGCGACAUCAUCGUGCUACGGUUGGUGGUAUCGGUUUUCAACCUGCUGGAAGAUGGCACCCUCGUGCCGGAAGUGUUGCAGCCAGCGUUUGUAAAGUUUCUCGUCAACAAUCUGAAAAAUCGAAACAAAUACAGCGAGGACGUGCGCAACCUGUACCAGGAAGUGUGCGCCGCACUGCUGCAAACCUAUCCCAAGAUGCAGGACGAAAGCGCUCGGCUGGAAACGCUGCGCCGUCUGAUGCAUGCCCCGGGGAGUGUUCUGAUCGAGAAGUACGCGAAUUGCAAGCUGCUGCACAAUCUGCUCACCACACUGUCGGCGGAAAGCUUACGCACCGUGGGGAGUGAACUGAAGGCGACCAUACUGGAUGAGGCGGGGACGGGCACGAACGGGGAGCGGUCGUACGCUGCCUACAUGCUGCAGCGGUUGCUCUCCCUCCGUCAGCUGACCACACAAUCGGAUGACAAAGGACAGGCGGAGGGGUGGCACCAGGAGGUGGUAAAGUUUUUGCUCACGCUCGGCGUGUUUUACUCCGCGGACGGGGUAAGUGUGCUGAAGGCUUCCAAGCAGGACAAAGCACUCUCAGCCGAGCUGGCGAAGACGAUGCGCGGACUGUUCUUCAGCUCGCUUCAACACCGCCAUCCGAAGCUGUCGGUCGAGCGCGCCUUCCUGCUCUCGAUCGUACGCCACGUGGACGAGGUGAUGCGUGCGCACGGGACGAAGUGUCUGCGCAGCGCGCUGACCGACGAGCAGAUGUCCUGCUGGAAUAAGAUGUUUGCUACGGUGACGAGCGAAUCGUCGCCGGUCGGCAAGAAGCAAAAAAGCAAAAAACGCCCAUCCAUAGGCGACGCAGCGGAAACGCAAUGCGACACGGUGUUUCACAUACUGCUGAUGCACAUGGGGCUGCAUCUGUUUAGCGAUCCGGAAGUAGCGUGCAGCUCCAUCGAGGAGCUCGAGUGCGUGAUGAAGCGCAUCGAGGAGAAGGCCAAGCAGCGGCGCCAGGGUAGCAAUGGGGAUGCCAACGCUGGCAGUAAGAAGAAGAGGGCCAGCGAGUUGACGAUCGAGCUGGAACCGGCCGAACCCGAGUGGAUCGAGGUAGUGGUGGAUCUGUUCCUGAAUCUGCUUUCGCAAAAUUCGCACCUGCUGCGCAACGUGAUUGCGCACCUGUUUCCGCAUCUGUCGAGCGAGAUAACGCUUCCGGCGCUCAAUCAAAUUCUGUCGGUGAUCAACCUGAAGGACAAAUCGAACCCACUGACGGUACCGGGUGAUGAGGAUGAAAGCGAGGCGGAAGAGGUGGAGGACGAUGAGAAUGGUUCCUCGGACAGUGGCGAGGAAGAAGACGAAGAAGAGGAAGAUGAGGAGGAAAGCGUAAAGAAGCACGCAGCAAACGGGGAUGGCAAUGAGGAGGAUGACGAGGAAGACGAUGAGGACGACGACGAGGACAUAAUGGGAGACGAGGAGGAGGAAGACAACAUUACGGACACCAUGCGGGCAGCGAUACAGACGGCACUGGGUGGAGCGAAUCCGGAAACCGACACCGAAUCGGUAGAUCUGGACGAAAUGGACGAGGAGCAGGGACGUCGGCUGGAUCAAGCGCUAACGGCAGCGUUCCGGGCGUUCCGCAAGAAGCAAUCCGCACGCAAGCGAAAGGGACCGACGAAGGCGGAAAAGCAGAUGGACAUCGUGCUGACGCACUUCCGGAUGCGCGUGCUCGACCUGGUCGAUGCGUACCUCAAGCACGAACCGGACAUGCUGCUCUGCCUCGAGCUGAUGCUGUACAUCUUCGAAAUGCUGCCGGUGGCCUUGCGCGAGGAGUCCAAGUACGAGUCGAUUCUGACGCGCUACCGACAGAUCUUCACCACGCUGAACCGCAUCAAGAAGUUCAAACGGGACGCGGAGGACGUGCGGCCGGAGCAGCUGGAACAGAUACUGCGCGAUUUGAUCGAGAAGGUCGCUAAGGGUGCCGCCUUCCCGGAGCGCAACGAGUACCUGCUGAAGGCGUGCCAGUUCAUCGUCAUCUGCAGCCAGGUGUUGGGCAAGGAGGCGGCAGCCGGUGGUGCCAGUGGUCCCAACGCGGUGGACAGAAUGUUCGGCGAGCUGCUGGAAGAGUUCAUCACAAACCGCAACCCGUCGCUGGCGUUCAGCGCGUUUCAGAGCCUGUUCCAGAUGCAGUGGAGCGGCGUGUGGCACCUGACCGGUAAGCUGGUGCACGGUGGGCUGCAGGUAGGCACGGUACGUGCGAUUCGCCGAAUACAGACACUGCAGUUGCUGCGAGAGCUGUUGCGGAAUCGCCGACUGCUGAACGCGGAUCAGGCCCGCGCGGCCGGUGAGCUGCGGACGAUCUGUUCCGACGGGAUCGCACCGUACGUGGCGCAACUGGAGGCUGCAGUUGUCGCUGGCGAUCGCACCAUCGGACAGAAUGAACUGUACGAGCUGCUGCUGGUGCUCAGCGAAGUGCAUCAUCUUCCAUCGCAUCUAGCAGCAGCCCCAUCCGUUGCCGGUAGCAACGGCAAGAAAGUGGCCAAAAAUCAGCAACAGUCUCUGCUAAAUUGGGAAACAAUCGGCACCCAGAUACAGUCGAUGCGCCUAUUCGCCCUUAACGCGCAAACGAUGGCCACCUAUCGGCAGUUCUGUAACCGUUGGCAUCUGAAGCCGAUCAGCAACGAUGGACUGCCGUUGCUGAAGGAGAACGGGCUGAAUGCGGUGGAAGCGACAAACGACGAAAAGCUUACCACAAACGGUGCUGGUGGCGGCACCAACGUGUCUAAAAAGGGUAAGGGCAAAAAACAGAAAACAACGAACGGUGAGGAGGACGAGGAAGAGGAGAAGGAGGAAGAGGAUGCUCCACACCUGCUGAACGGCCACAGUGCAAACGACGAUAGUAGUGCAGCUGAAGAGGAAACUGACGAACGUGGGGGUAAGGCGAAGCGCAAGCAAAAGAAGGGCAAGGCGACAAACGGCCAUAGUGCUGCCAAUGGAAACGCGCAAGAAGAGGAGCAGCACAAUGAUGAGAACGGCGAGGAAAGGAUGGAAGUCACUGAAGAGCCAACCAACCGGAAGCGCAAGAACGACAAGAUAUUGCAGAAUGGUGCGGCCAGCGAAGACGGCGUAUCGUCUAAGAUGGAAAAGCGACGGCGAAAGGAGGCCUUGUUGCAGGCCGCUUCCGAAGGCAUGGAAGAAUUUUCGUUUGCGAGGGCUAUACAGAUAGAGUAAAACGUUCACUACACACACAGAUGUUAGUGUGUGCAUGCACACGCGGGAGUUUUAGCGUGAGGCGCAACGUGUUUAAGUUAAGCAUUUUUAAUGUGAAAAUCAUUAAAUAUCGCUCUUCAAUAAUUUGGAACGCUUUCUCCUGUUUUGUGGGAAGGCAUCCGAACUGUUGUGGUAUUGCUUGGGCUUUUAGUACCCAUGCAAACGUUUCUAAUUUCUGUUUUUCAUAUCUGAGGGCGAAUAAACAUACAGUGAGACAUAAUAUUGACCUACAGAAAGGAAAAACUCGAUAACGAACGAUCGAACCCAGCUAGAUAGGUAGCAGAGUGUGAGGCGAAGUCCCCACUUAUUUCAUUUAAGGUGUGAGCCGGCACCUAAACAUUAUAGUGUGUAAAUUUUAGGACAUUAAAAAGUGAAUAAAUUUAAAAUACCCCUUGAAAUGAUGCGAAGUAUUAAA